UGGGUAUUAACUCCUAGCAUCCUCUACCACAAUAGGGUAUCAUCAGUUUCUGUCCUCAGUCACAGCAACCAUGAAGGUCUUGGUCCUCGUAUGCUUGGGUCUGGUAACCCUGGUGGCAGCCCGACCCUCGAACGAUAUCAUCGACUUCGAGACUGACCACAUGGAGCACGAGCAGGAGGGCCAGCCAGGAAGGGCCGUCGAGGGCGAGUACUCCUGGGUAGCACCCGACGGCAACGAGUACGUCGUCAAGUACGUCGCUGACCACUUAGGCUACAGGGUGGUCGAGGACAACGUCUUGCCCGAAGUGGUUGAGGUCGUUCCUGUAGAAGACGCCGAAGAAGAGGAUGACGAAGAACCAGCUGUCAGGGCUAUUGAGGAGGAGGAGGAGGAAGUAGAAGAAGCUGAGGAGGAGGAGGAGGAUGAGCUGGAGGAGUGAAUGACAUAAGAAUAAAGUGUAUAAUUAAUGUGAGAAAUAAGAGAUUUUAACGCAGAGUUUAUCAAACAUUAUGUGAAUUUUAUUUUACGAAAUAUAGAUUGAUAUUUUAACAAA